UCAGUCUUCAGCGUGCUGGUCCUCACCCUGUUAGCCAUGCUGGUGGUGGCCACGUUCCUCUGGAACGGACUGGUCCUGGCCACCAUCCUCCGGGUACGCAGUUUCCACCGGGUGCCCCACAACCUGGUGGCCUCCAUGGCCGUCUCCGAUGUGAUGGUGGCGGGCCUCGUCCUGCCCGUGUGGAUCUCCUUCGAUGUGCUGUGCUGCACCGCCAGCAUCUGGAAUGUCACGGCCAUCGCCCUCGACCGCUACUGGUCCAUCACCCGCCACCUGGAGUACACGCUCCGCAUCCGGCGGCGCAUCUCCAACAGCAUGAUUGCCCUCACCUGGGCUCUUUCUGCCUUCAUCUCCUUGGCCCCGCUGCUCUUUGGCUGGGGAGAGACUUACUCAGAGGACAAUGAGGAGUGCCAAGUCAGCCAGGAGCCUUCCUACACCAUCUUCUCCACCUUUGGCGCCUUCUAUCUGCCCCUCUGUGUGGUGCUCUUUGUGUACUGGAAAAUCUACAAGGCUGCCAAGUUUCGAAUUGGAUCUCGGACGAGCAACUCCAUCACUCCCAUUACACCAGAAGCCCUGGAGGUAAAAGAAGCUGCUCAGCAGCCACAGAUGGUCUUCACUGUCCGUCACGCCACUGUUACGUUCCAGACGGAUGGAGACACGUGGAGAGAGCAGAAGGAAAAGAAAGCUGCCCUCAUGGUGGGCAUCCUUAUCGGGGUCUUCGUGCUCUGCUGGAUCCCCUUCUUCAUCACGGAGCUCAUCAACCCCCUGUGCUCGUGUGACAUCCCACCCAUUUGGAAGAGUAUUUUUCUAUGGCUAGGCUAUUCCAACUCCUUUUUUAAUCCACUCAUCUACACUGCUUUCAACAAAAACUACAACAAUGCCUUCAGGAACCUAUUCUUUAGACAACACUGA